AUAGGCUUUUGUGGAUUAGGCGCGCCAAAAAAUAAAGCUCUGAGUAACUACCAACUUCGGGUUGAUGGCUUUCCCGUUACCCUCCGCCAUUGCCACCCACAAGCUUGCUCUCAAUGUUCGUGUCCCUUCCUCAACUCGAAGGCAAAUUUUAAAGCCUACCCAUUUCAUAUUUUGCUUCAAUAGCAAAAUCCCAGAAAGAUCGGCCCGCUUCAGAAUUCCUUGCUUGUCCAUAAAAGAUGUUUCUAAGGAACUGGCAGACCAACCUGACAUUCCAAUCAGCUUGAACAUGCCAACAAAAAGACAUAAAAAGAAACUUGAGAGACUGAUUGCUGUAAUCUUAUUGUUUAUUCAAUUUUCUUGUCCAAUUCCUUUUGUUGGUUGGGACUCUUGGUCUAUAUCUCCUGGAAAGGCAGUUCUUUAUUCUCCAGACACCAAGGUUCCAAGAACAGGCGAACUUGCGCUUAGGAGAGCUAUCCCUGCUAACACAAACAUGAAGGCUAUACAGGACUCUCUGGAGGAAAUUUCAUACUUGUUAAGAAUUCCACAAAGAAAGCCUUAUGGAACCAUGGAAGGAAACGUCAAGAGAGCUUUGAAGAUAGCAACAGAUGAAAAAGAUUCUAUUUUGGCAAGUGUGCCGACAAACCUGAAGGAAAAGGGUUCAACGUUGCAUGCAUCUCUUAUUGAUGGAAAGGGUGGGUUGCGAGCUCUUCUUGAUAGCAUCAAUGAGAAGGACCCAGAUAAGGUGUCUGUAGGCCUUGCAUCCUCACUGGAUACUGUUGCUGAGCUGGAGUUAUUACAGGCUCCAGGGUUAUCAUUUUUGUUACCCGAGCAAUACCUGAAAUACCCCAGGUUAACAGGGAGAGGAAUUGUGGAAUUUACCAUUGAAAAGGGAGAUGGUUCAACAUUUUCUCCAGAAGCUGGUGGUGAAGCAAGAAAGACUGCCACAAUUCAGAUUGUUAUCGAUGGAUAUUCAGCACCACUAACAGCAGGGAAUUUUGCAAAACUGGUAAUUGAUGGGGCAUACAACGGGGCAAGGCUCUACUUUACUGAUCAAGCCAUUCUCUCAGACAAGGGGCUAGAUAAGAACAGCGGUUAUAGUGUUCCUCUAGAAAUAAAGCCAUCUGGGCAAUUUGAGCCCUUGUACAGAACAACAUUAAGUGUGCAGGAUGGGGAAUUGCCAGUUCUUCCGUUAUCUGUUUAUGGAGCAGUUGCUAUGGCACAUAGUGAGACUUCCGAGGAAUACUCAUCACCAUAUCAGUUCUUCUUUUAUCUUUACGACAAAAGAAAUGCUGGCUUAGGGGGGUUGUCAUUUGAUGAAGGACAGUUUACAGUUUUUGGAUACACAACUAUUGGGAGAGAAAUUCUUCCGCAGAUAAAGACAGGGGAUGUGAUUCAAUCUGCAAAGCUAGUGGAAGGUCUAGAUCGCCUCAUAUUGCCAAAUGAGAGUUGAUUUUGUACCUUUUAUUGAACCAGAACCACUCUUCAUUUUUCAAAUUCUUGCCUUAUAGAAUGUAGCAGCCUGAUUUUAUCGUUGCAGGUUGCGCAUCAAAUUUGUAUGUUUUCCAUUUGAAAUUCAUCCUUCUGGUGCAAGAUUUGUUAUACUUGACCCCAUAGUUGAAAUCUCCAUGGUCCUCGUACAGUCUCAUUUCACCAAAUUUCUUGUCUUGACCAUAUUAUAUUCUCAAACUCAUCAUUCUUGGGUAGGCAAAUAUUCUGAGCUUAAUUCGUUAUUUUGUUCUUUUA